AUGAUGCAUGUUGCUUUUUUCCUCCUGAUCGUCUUCACAGGGGGGUCUUCCUCUGAGAAAGUGUGCAGUUACCAGGAAGUAGUGGAUUACCUGAACCUGACCACCAAUAACAACUUGUAUAAACUGACCCGGCCCGUCCUGAACUACAAACACCCCACUGUGGUGCAGCUGGACAUCAUCCUCUACGCCAUCCUGGCUGUGAUUGAGAAAACACAAACUUUUAUUCCUUUCGUCUGGGCAACAAUGAAGUGGAACCAUGAACGCAUCUCAUGGGACCCCGAUCAGUUUUGUGGAAUCAAUUCGAUUUCAGUUCCUAGAGAAAUGCUCUGGAUUCCAGACCUGUUCAUCUAUGAGAUGGUACAGAAGGAUGACUCCCCUCUGAAUCCGUACAUGUAUGUGUUGCACGAUGGGACAGUCACCCUUGAAGAGGACCUGAGGGUGGUGAGCACCUGCAGGAUGGACAUCUAUAAGUUCCCGUUCGACACACAGAAGUGCAAUAUUUCCAUUGGGUCUGCGAUACACUGCGUUGAUGAGCUCCGUAUCCUCCCUUUCUCCAACGCAUCUCGAGCCACCCAGUUUUCCCGAGAGUUGAUACAGUCUCAGGGGGAGUGGGAGUUCCUUCAUGUGUCCAUCUCCAGCAACAACUUCACCUUCGGCAUGAAACAGUGGGAACAGCUCAUAUACACUUUCACCAUGAAAAGGAGGCCCCUCCUCCAUGUCAUCAAUUUCCUGUUACCCAUCCUGUUCUUCCUUAGUCUGGACAUCGCCUCCUUCUUCAUCGCAGACCAUCGAGGAGAGAAGCUGGGCUUCAAAGUGACCGUGCUGUUGGCCAUCUCUGUCCUGCUGCUCAUCCUGAAUGACAUCCUUCCCUCCAUGUCCAACAAGACUCCUCUCAUAGCAACCUACUGCAUUGUGAUUUUUGCUCUGAUGCUGCUCAGCCUGCUGGAGACGAUUUUGGUAACGUAUCUCAUGGAGAAAGACUCUGCUUCCUACGAGAAGCUCAGGCUGAGGAACAACUUGGAGGUCAAACAGGAGAAAGUUCAAGUCAAUAACUGUAACCCUGAGGAGAAAAGAGAUAACUGCUGUUCAUGCAUCUGCAAAGUGUCUGACAGUGAGAAACAGCAUGAGCCGCUGCCGAUGGCUGAAGGGGUAAACAACAGCAUUCAGUACCAAGAGUCUCACGUCUUGCUGCUGAUCCUGGAGGAGCUGAAGGAGCUGCAGCACACUCUGAAUCUACACCUGAGCUGCAGACACCAAGUAGGGAAAUCUGGCCAAUGGGCGGCAAGAAUCAACAAAGCUUUUUUCAUUUUCUAUCUCAUCACUGUGUCACUGUUUCUAUCCCUCAUCUUCAUCGAAUGGAACAAUUAGACGUGUAAAACAAUACUUUACAGUUUCUGUGUUUUACCCUUAUUUCAACAAUUGUUGCGGUGUUGUAAAAGCUCACCUUCUGUAUUUAUAGUAUCUCUUUUUAAAAUCUAUUUGAUAUAGUUCAGGUUAGAUCAUUUUUGCCAGGUUAAAAGUAAAGUUACAUGAUUCUGUAAAUGUGUCUUGCAAAGAAUAAUACUGUUGAUAAAAGUUUCACUAAUAUUUGCAAACAGGAGAUCUUGCCUGCAGAAGCAUGGACUUUUUAAUUUGGCUGUCAAAUAAAAAAAAGUGAAAGUUAAAUCUAGGUUUUAGAAUUUCUACUGGAAUUAUGAGCUCA